CUGGUGCCCUACACAACUUUCUUUUCCCUCAGCGAGUAUAUUUUCAGCUGUCAUCAGCAUGACAGGAAAAACGGCAGGUUUUUGUUUUAAACCAAGAGCACUUUGAUUAAAGUCAGCAUUCCUUUAUUUUUUAUUUUCUUUUAGAGCAAAGAGUUUGCGUUUGGAAUUUUUUUUGUUUUGUUUUAAAGACAAACACUGUCAUUGGCUAUUGGCUUUGAGAAAUAAUUUGUAAAAGUACCUGCUCUGUGCCAGCAAGAACACAGCAUGGCCAAGCGAGUUGCUGUGAUCGGAGCUGGUGUGAGUGGCCUGUCCUCCAUCAAAUGCUGCUUAGAUGAAGACCUGGAGCCCAUCUGCUUUGAAAGAAGUAGUGACAUCGGCGGACUGUGGAAGUUUACUGAAACUUCUGAAGAUGGGAUGACUAGGGUCUACAAGUCGCUAGUGACAAAUGUCUGCAAAGAAAUGUCAUGUUACAGCGACUUCCCUUUCCAAGAAGAUUAUCCUAAUUUCAUGAACCAAGAAAAAUUUUGGAACUACCUCCAAGAGUUUGCUGAGUACUUUGACCUUCUGAAAUACAUUCGGUUUAAGACCACCGUGCGCAGCAUAACACAGCAUCCUGACUACUCUGAAACUGGUCAAUGGGAUGUUGUCACAGAGACAGAGGGGAGGCAGGACAGAGCUGUCUUUGAUGCUAUCAUGGUUUGCACUGGACACUUCCUGAAUCCUCGUUUACCUCUCGAGUCAUUUCCUGGAAUCCAUAAGUUUAAAGGCCAGAUCCUACACAGCCAAGAGUACAAGAUCCCAGCAGGCUUUCAGGGCAAACGCGUCUUAGUGAUUGGUCUUGGAAACACUGGAGGAGACAUUGCCGUGGAGCUCAGUCGAACCGCAGCUCAGGUACUUCUCAGUACUAGAACUGGUACCUGGGUUAUGAACCGCUCUUCAGAUGGGGGCUACCCAUUUAAUAUGAUGGUUUUAAGAAGACACCACAAUUUUAUUGCACAAGUUCUGCCCUCCUGUAUUCUGAAGUGGAUUCAAGAGAGGCGCCUCAAUAAAAGAUUUGACCAUGCGAAUUACGGACUAAGUAUUACUAAGGGGAAAAAACCAAAAAAGAUUGUGAAUGAUGAGCUGCCAACCUGUAUCCUCUGUGGGACAGUCACUAUUAAAACCAGCGUGAAGGAGUUCACAGAAACCUCUGCUGUCUUUGAAGACGGGACAGUGGAAGAAAACAUUGAUGUUGUGAUCUUCACUACAGGAUACACAUAUUCUUUUCCCUUUUUUGAAGAACCUCUCAAAACCCUUUGUACAAAGAAGAUAUUCCUAUAUAAGCUGGUCUUUCCCUCAAACCUAGAGAAGACAACAUUAGCUAUGAUUGGCUUCAUCAGCCUUACAGGAUCCAUCUUAGCAGGCACAGAGCUCCAAGCACGAUGGGCCACAAGAGUAUUCAAAGGACUCUGUAAGAUACCACCAUCUCAAAAACUGAUGGCUGAGGCUAUGAAGAAGGAGCAGCUCAUAGAAAGGGGUUUGAUGAAAGAUCCCGGUGUAGACAAACUUGACUACAUUUCCUACCUGGAUGACCUUGCUUCCUUCAUAGGCGUAAAGCCCAAUGUCCCACUUCUGUUCAUCAAGGAUCCCAGACUAGCGUGGGAAGUUUUCUUUGGACCAUGUACUCCUUACCAGUAUCGCCUAAUGGGCCCCGGGAAAUGGGAUGGAGCCCGAAAUGCCAUCUUGACCCAGUGGGACAGGACACUGAAACCCCUAAAAACUCGAACCGUUCCUGGUUCCUUCAAACCUGCCUCUGUGUCACAUUAUUUGAAAGCCUGGGGGGCACCUAUACUGCUUGCUUCCCUUCUGCUGAUCUACAAAUCUUCCCUUUUUUUGAAAUUGGCGCCAGAAAAACUACAGGACAGAAUAUCCGCUUACUGAAUAAGUAUUUGGUGAGGGUAAAUCUGAUGGGUGAUGAGGAUUGGCCCCAGUCAUAUUAAUUCUGUUCCCAAAUAUCUUGUGUUUCCCCUCUCCUCUCCAUCACAGCUGGUAUAAUCCAAGUUUAGGUCUAAUCAUCUCUUACCUGAAUUAUCGUUCUAUCUUCCUCUGAAGUCUCAGUACCUCCUUUCUUGCCUCCUUUACCUAAGCAAUUGUUCUAAAAUAAAAAAUACUGUCAUUGUUUCCAUCAAGAUCUUAAUAGGAACAAGACAGAACUCAAAUUAGGUAAUUUGUGGAAACUUUAUAUAAAGAUUAUGUCCAAUGGUUUGAGCAGAGGGUAGGGAAAUCAUAAGUAGAAUGAAAUACUCCCAGACUAGUAACCAUGAGAUGCUUUUACCAUCCAUAGUUUUUCUAAAGAGGCAAAGGGAGAACAAAUAUGAAUAAGAGAGCGAGGUUAUGUGGAGAGGACCACCUCUCAAGAGCUGUGAUCUCCAGCUCACCACUGAAGGCAGUCCAUGGUGACCCCAAAAGUACAGAACUAGGGAAAUUCAUUGCCUAAUCUUACGUUCUUCCCUCCCUCUGAUCUUCUGCCCAUGCUUCUCAAUGGCCUAACCCAACUAAAAUUCAGAAGGCAAGGUUACUGACUAUUGUGGAUUUAAUUGCAUUCAUUCCCCCCAAAAUAUAGUCAAGUUCUAACCUCUGGUACCUGUGAAUGUUGCCAGAGGUAACUUACUUGGAAAUAGGAUCUUUGCAAAUAUACGAAAAUAAGAUCUUUGCAAAUGUACAUAAGUUGAGAUCAUACUGAAAUAGGGUGAGCUAGAUCAAAUAUAAAAAGAGGAUCCUUAUAAAAAGAGGAUAAAGCUACUUCCUGGUGAUCUAGUGACUAGUUAGAGUCCAGGCUCCCAAUGCAGGGGGCCCAGGUUCGAUCCCUGGUCAGGGAAUUAGAUCCCAUAUGCCUCAACUGAAGAUCUCGCAUGCUGCAACUAAGACCCAGUGCAGCCAAAUAAAUAAAUUUUUUUAAAAAGAGAGAGAGGCUAAGACACAGAGACACAGUUACAGUGGAGAAUACCAUGUGAAGUCAGGCAGAAGUUGGAAUGAUGCAUCUACAAACCAAGGAUCGCCAAGCAAGCAAACACUGAAAGAGACACAGAACAGAUUCUCUCUCAAAAUCCACAGAGGAAAAAGCCCCACCAACAACAAGUCCAGACUCCUAGACUCCAGAAUUGUGAAAGAAUAAGCCACCCACUUUGCUAUGGCAAUCUUAGGAUAUGAUACACCAACUGAUGUUUCCUGUGGAGGUCAGCCUGCUAGGCCACAGUGCAGAGCAAAGGUGAUGGAGUGUGUAUGUGGAAGGACAACCAGAAAGGAUCCAGAGCAGACAUGUUGCUUUCCAGUUUAAAAAUCCUGCAAAGUUUCUCGCUGGAUUAGAGAUAAUAAAUUCCUUAGUCUUGAAGAGGAGACUCUUCCUGAGCUGAGUCCAUUUGCCCAGGUCACCGGAAUCCUGGACUGUAACCACCCCUCCUCUUCAAAAUCCUACCAUCUAGCCCUCAUACCUCCUCACUUUGGCAUAAGCUGUUGCCUUUUCCAGCUAUGCAAAUUCACACCUGACUGUCUUUCCAGGGUGAGCUUGAUUAUCUCCCUUUGUGAAGCCUUCUCUGAGUCCCCAAAGCAGAGUUGACUGCCACUACAUAAUGACUGGGCUUCCCUGGUGGCUCAGGGAUGGUGAAGAAUCUGCUCGCAAUGCAGGAGAUCCAGGUUCAAUUCCUGGAUUGGGAAGAUUCUCAGGAGAAGGGCAUGGCAACUCACUCCAGUAUUCUUGCCUGGAGAAUUCCAUGGACAGAGGAACCUGGUGCGCUACAGAUCAUGGGGUUGCAGAAGAGUUGGACAUGACUGAGUAACUAACACUUCCACUUUCUUUCAUUUUUCAUGACUGCCAUCUCACAUACUACUCCAUCAUUGUUCUGUUCUUACUAUAACAUUAAUGUAAUUUUCUUUUUGUGUCCAUCUCCUAAUAAAUGGGGGUUCUUGAGAGGAACCAUCAUCUUGUCCAGCUAAAACACUGCCUGAUAAAAAUACUGCAAAAUAAAUAUUUGAUGACUAAACAGUAGCUUCACUGGCUGACAUUCCUUGUCUCUCUUCUACCCACAUUCUUUUCUUCUGCCAACUUGAUAAAUUACUUCAGACUACUUCAGCUCUGCAAAUGAACAAGGACCGUCCACCAACAUAUAAUUUUAUAAGACAAUCCAUGUGGCAGUCAGAAUAUAUACAACUGAUCAGCAACUGGGAGCCAGGAGUACUGAUGGAAAGUGCUAACUCUAGAAUUCAACCUGGAUUAUAAUCCCAGCUCUGCCAUUAACUGUGAAGCUUUGAUCAAGUUACUUAGCCGCUGUGAGUCUCAAGUGUCCUCAUCUGGAAAAUGAGGCGACAAGAAUAUUACCUACCUCAAAAGUAAACAUGAAGUGAGACAAUAUAGGGUGUUACUUACAUAGUAAAUUAACUAUUAACAGCUGAAGAGUUUGAGGACAUUUUAAAUUCUCUGAAUUAAAGGAUUGGAAACCUGUGGCCUGGCUCUAUUCCCUGUUGCCUAAUCAGAGAGUAUGGCCUCAGCUGUCUGUGGACCACCUGGUAGCACCUUCCAACUAGGAUCCCUCUUUUGUCCUUGUGUUCCCCUCUCCCCCCAAGACCUGAGGCCAUUGCCACCACCAUCGCUGCCAUCACCAUGGUACCACUCACAUGCUUUUUACACAGACCUUCCAGGAUGCAGCAAGCCAGUAAUACCAAAGGAAGAAUUAUUCUCCAUCAUUAACAGUGGACCUCCUGACAUAACUUGUUGAUGUGUCUCUAGGGUUUUAGUGACAACGAGCCCUGGUCAAAGAAGCACCUGAUUUCAGAUCUUCAAAACCAACUAAAACUAACUAAUAGGAGCAGUGUAGUUGGAGGAUGGAAGGAACAAAAAGUGCCCACCAAACUGAGAAGGUAUCUUGAGACUGAAAAAUGAGGUGGACACCUCCAUGUAAUCACUGGAUCACAUAUUACAAGGCAGCUUACUCACAGGGUGGGAUCUGGAUCAAGCAGACAAUGAU